AUGGUUCGUUCGUGUGCUGCUUUUAAUUGUAACAGUAAGAAUGGAAGCAAAGACGAAGACAGAAACAAUAUUACAUGUCACAGGUUUCCCCUUACAGAUGAUUUUAUAAAUCGGAAAUGGAUAGCUGCUACUCGGAGAGAGAACUUCCAACCGACAGCAGAUCAUUUGCUGUGCUCUCUUCAUUUUGAAGAGAAUUGUUACAUGGAAAAUUAUGUAAAUAGACGUCAACUUAAGGACGAUGCUAUACCGACAGUAUUUGGAUUUGCAACUCAUUUGAAAAAGGUUACCAAGGCAAGGAAACCUCGAAAGCCAAAGCCAAGAAAUGUUGAGACAGCAGAAAACGUGUUUGUGGAUGUGCACGUUUCUGGUUACACUGGAGACCACAAUUAUUCAUUUCCAUCAAGUCCAAGUAAGCUGAAGGAAAAGUUCGAAAAAAUUGAAGAAAGGGAGGAAGCAAAAAUUGGGCAAUGUAUGCUGAUGCUGGCCAAGACGACAACGCCCUACCGCUGCAGCCGCCGGGUGAAAACGCCUCGCAACGUCAAAGGUGUCACCAACAAAUACAAAGGAACAAUCACAACUGGAGAAGCCACAAUCCCUAUCUGUAGAUUUAACUGCUGUCGACGAUCUCAACGAGACCACGCCAAGCACAUCACAAAUUCCAGCAGAAACUGAGACACCCAGGGCAGUACUAAAACGAAAAGUACCUGCAACUCCAUCGCAGCCUUCAUCAUCAAAAAUCAGCGAAAAAGUUCUGCUCGACUCCCAAAUCGGUUUUUUUUUCAUGUGCGACUGAGAAAUUACAAGCUAUUUCAAAUCGUGCUGCAGUAAUGAACCAGGAGGACUCCUACGACUAUUCCGGAAAGCAUGUUGCGUCAGUGCUACGCAGUAUUGGGCCUCCAGUUGCCAUGAGGCUUCAAGAGUCAAUUACGUCACAAAUAACAAAUGAAGAGCACAAGGAAAAAAUGAUGAUAGUCACUUUUUUGUAACUUUUCAGGACGACGAAUUUUCUGCUCUAGUCUCUUGUAUAUCAUAAACGUUCACCGUAUA